CUGGCGGCCACAUGCACAGCGGCGUUUCAGUUUCUCCAGCGGCAGCUUUCAAACCACACCGGAGUCUUAUUGAUCAUAAAGAGGCUUCCGGAGUUCCUGCGCUUAUUCUUUUCGCUCGCGCUUUCUUUUUUUUUCUUUAACGCGCCUGAGUUCUUUCACAUCACUUCACAUCCGGACCGGAACAGCGCGGUGAAUAUGGACUAAGGACCGAGGAUGCAGCACGCUUGGGAAUUCAUUUUUAUUUUACACGUUCAUGUCCUCGUUGCAGAAGCACAGCCUGCAUCCUCAAUGCCCCAUGAUGGAUGGUGGGCUUAUAAAGAUGUCAUAGAAGGAAGUUUUAUACCAGUUCCCUCUUUUUGGGGAUUGGUGAACUCUGCGUGGAAACUUUGCUCCGUUGGGAAACGGCAGUCGCCGGUAAACAUCGAGACUCGCCGUUUGACUUUUGACCCCUUCCUCACCCCACUACGCGUCACUGGAGGAAGAAAGAUAAGUGGCGUUCUUUAUAACACGGGGCGUCAUGUGAUCCUGCGCGUGGAUGGCUCUAAGCGCGUGUGCUUGUCUGGCGGUCCCCUGAGUUACACGUACACACUGCAGGAGAUCCGACUGCAUUUCGGCAGCGACGACACUCACGGCUCUGAGCACCUGAUCAACGGGAACGCCCUUCCUGGAGAGGUGCAGUUAAUACACUACAACCAGGAUUUAUAUUUAAACUACAGCGAAGCAGAGAAGAGCCCGCACGGCGUCGCCAUUAUCUCCCUCUUCAUGAAGAUAUCGGAGCCCACCAAUCCAUUUCUCCUUCGGAUGCUGAGCAGGGAAAUUAUCACUCGAAUCACAUACAAACAUGACGCAUACGAACUAAUGGGACUGGACUUGGAGGAAUUGUAUCCUGAAACGUGGCGCUUUAUAACAUACGAAGGUUCCCUGACUGUGCCGCCAUGCCUGGAAACGGUCACAUGGAUCCUGAUGAAUAAACCUGUCUAUGUCUCACAUAUUGAGCUGCAGUCUCUGCGUCUCCUCAGUCAAAAUGCCGCAUCUCAGAUCUUCCUCAGCUUGAGCGAUAACUAUCGGCCACAACAGAACCUAAACCAGCGCUGCAUAUACACCAACAUCAACGUAAACACGCACACACACCAGUGUGCUAAUUCACUCAGGACACACUAUAGGGUGAAUGAGUGGCUGCUGAAAUAACCCCACGUGAUAAACCACGUGGUGUGUGUGUGUCUUGUGUGAAGAGACAGAAGAGAUCACUGAAGACACGGACGCAUUAUUUUACUGUGUAAUAUGAAUUAAUAAAGGCAGUUUGGGAGGGA